AUGGCAGAGGAUGUGGAGAAGGUACUAAUGGGAGAACCAUGGUCUUUUGACAGACACUUGGUAGUUUUUCAACGAUAUGAUCUGUCUACUCCAAUUAAGGACCUCACUUUCGACAAGGUAGCAUUCUGGGUUCAGAUACAUAAUUUACCAUACUCUCUUUUGACGAUGGAAGUAGCAGUGCAUCUUGGAGAGUCAUUAGGAGUGGUUACUAUGCCAAAAGAUCUAAUAGAGAUGAGAGGAGGAAACUUCAUGAGGGUACGAGUGACUAUAGACAUAUUAGAACCGUUGUGCAAAGGAAGACAUGUGGAUUUUGAUGAAGAUAAUGAAGGUUGGGUUUGUUUUCAGUUUGAACGAUUACCUAAUCUAUGUUAUUGGUGCGGCCAUUUAACGCAUGACGAUAAAGAGUGUGUUUUGUGGCUUCGGAGCAAGGGAACAUUAUCGGUUCAAGAUUAA